AUGGCGAGCUCAUUCGAGAAAUCAGUGAAGGGAGGUACCAAGAUAAAACUUGCGCCUCCUAAAUCUAAAUAUGUCGAACAUAUCCUCGUAGCCACGCAUGCAGGCGAAGCAGGCGUCGGUGAGAUCUUCCGUGCGUUGCAGAAUAGACUUCGCGAUACGACAUGGACAGUGGUCUUCAAAUCGCUCAUAAUCAUACAUUUGAUGAUAAGAGAAGGAGAGCCCGAUGUGACCCUGAAAUUCAUGUCGCAUUCGCCCUCGCGGAAGCUUGCAAUAAAUCAUUUCACAGAAGCUCAAACGCAAGGUCGUAACAUACGUACAUACUCAGAAUACCUACUUGAACGAGCGCGAGCCUAUGGACAAACGAAGGUUGAUUAUGUACGCGGCGGAGAAGGGAGGUUAAAAAGGCUGAGUGUGGACAAAGGCCUGCUACGAGAGACAGAGGCUGUACAGAACCAGAUCAAGGCGCUUGUUCAAUGCGAGCUGUUUCAAGACGAGCCAGAGAACGAAAUCACACUCGUAGCCUUCCGCUUACUGACCAUGGACUUGCUUGUCCUGUUCCAUAUUAUGAACGAAGGUACAAUUAACGUUCUGGAACACUAUUUCGAGAUGUCACAUCCAGACGCGGAACGAGCGCUGAGAAUAUAUCGAACAUUCUGCAAACAAACAGAGCUGGUUGUUCAAUAUCUGAGCAUUGCAAGAUUGCAUGAACACUCAACGCGGCUGGAGAUACCCAAGAUAAAGCACGCCCCGACAAGUCUCGCAAAAUCGUUAGAAGAGUAUCUGAAUGCACCAGAUUUCGAAACGAGUCGUAGGCAAUAUCUCAUCGCCAAAGACGCCAAAAAGGGUAGCAAGGCUGCUAAUGGCACGAAUGAGUCUGCGGGAGCAUCUCGUACGACUCCCGCAAGGACAGAAACUAAGGCCACUCAAGAUGCUCGACCAACAACUGCCGGAGCGACGCAGCAAGCAAUUAAACCGGGGGCUGAUCUCAUUGAUUUCUUUGAUUCGAUCGAGCAGAAUCAGCAGCCAAUGGUGACACAAGCUGGCCAGCCACAGCAGUUUCAAACUCCCUUUCCAUAUCAGCGGCAGCAGCAGCAGCAACAAUCAGGAUUCCAGCAGCAAAGUGGUCUCAUGCAACAGCCCAAUGUUCAGGAGCAGCUAUCGCAACACGGAUUCGCAACAAACGCCGCGGAUCCGUUUGGACAACCGCAGCAGGUUCAGCAAGUCCAACAGAGCUUCACAGGAGCAGGAUUUGGAGGGUACACCCAUCAGCCUCAACAGCAGUUCAAUCCGCAGGGCCUUUCCCUACAGUCAAUUCCGCAGAAUGGAAUGGUGGAUUUCUCUCAACAGCAGCAGCAACAGCAACAGCAACAGCAACAUCAAUUUCAGAACCCGGUAACAUCUCCGGGGGCCCUCCAACCUCAAUCAACAAAUCCGUUCCGUCAAUCUAUGUUACCCACUCAGACUGGUGGCUUAAAUCCAAACCUGGCAGGCCAACAGAAUACAGCUGGUUUAAGUCGGUCUCCCACCAAUCCGUUUGCGAGAAACCCUUCACCGACCCAGCAACAGGUGCCAAACGUGCCACAUAUACCCCAGGCGUAUAGCAAUACUUCAAUGCAGGCACCACAACCGUCACCGUUCGUACAACCACAGCAACCUCAGAGUUUGCUCCCAACUCAGACAGGUACCAACCCUUUCGCUCGGAAUUCAUCGCCAAGCCAGGCGUCGUCUUCUCCUGUCUCUACUCUACAAGGGUUAAUGCCAAAUCCUACGGGUACUACCAACCCUUUCAGACAAAGUAUGUUUGUCAAUCAGCAGACUGGCCAGGGGUGGCAAUCCGCUCCAGGUCAAGGUACUAUGGGAGGCUUGGAGCAGCUCCCAACAAUGCCUGUAUUUCCACGACCUGGUCAGCAGCCGCCCCAGCAGCCGCAAGGAGGAUGGCAAUAG